UUUUGUAGUUUUGUAUUUUAGAUAGAUAUUUACGAAUAAAUAAUUUUUGUAACAAAUUGAAAUUGAAAGGCAUGGACAGUAAGCAGUACGUGCCAAAUGAGUUGGAUAAAGAAUUCGAACAGUUUUGGGCCAGGGUCAGCUGCUACGCUGUGCAGAUCUUUCCAUACGACCAGAGAUGCAAUUUUGUGCAGCGGGCCAACAGUUGCGUCUACGGCACGAAUGUCGUGCCCUAUAUUCAGUUGAUGGCAUGCGAUCUGAAGUGCCGGAAUCAGUUUGAGGAGUAUGUGUAUGUGUCCCUGUUUCUGGUGCUCUGCUUGGAGCUGCUCUGCUGCAUGAGCUAUGUUAUUCAUAAUUUUUACGGACCAGCUCUGAAGCUGGUGGCCCGAAUGAUGCAUAUGAGCGAACAUUUGGCCGGAGUUACCAUAAUGUCAUUCGGCAACGAACUUCCCGAAAUUGUUGCCAAUAUGUGGGCCGUGCACGACGAUGACGAGCCAAACUUUGCCAAUGCCAUUGCAAAGGGGUUGUACUUGAUCAUGUUUGUCGGCGGUUUGGUCUGCUACAUCAGUCCAUUCAAGAUGAGCGGCUCAACGACAAUCCGGGAUUUGCUCUUCAUGGUGUGUGGCGUCCUGAUGGUAGAUUAUUUUAUCAGAACUGAUAAUGAGAUGGAUCUCAAGGAGUGUAUCGCCUCCAUAUUGCUGUAUAUUAUAUAUCUGAUAGUCAGUGUGACUGACCUACUAAUCCUACGCCGUACUACAAGACAGUUGCUGAACCAAAUUAAUGAGCUGGAACGGUUGAAUGUGGAUACGAGUGUUAGGAGACCUGAUUCAUAUAAUAUUCAAACAAAGAUUGAUUUACUGAAAAAGAAAUAUGAUGAGCUGUCUGAGGAUGGGGUUGUGGAUAUUUUGGCGCGUCAGUCGACCACCGUACAGAAGCCAGAUGAAGCAUUUUUUACAUAUUUGACCAGACGAUCAGAGAGACAUCCAUCUAUUAGAAGAAUGAAACAGUCAGUGGCAUAUAGAGGGUUUCGUAACAAGAAUCGUUUUCUCUUUCGACAAUUCUUUAGCUCACUCCGGCCCGUUUUUAUGGAUGAUUGGAUCAAAGGGAAUAUAUUAAAACGUACGUUUUACAUUGUACGUGCACCGGUUGUGGUGGUAUGCGCCAUCUACAUACCGUUAGUGGACUACGAGAAGGAAAGAGACGGCUGGAGUAAGCUACUAAAUUGCAUUCAAAUAUUCCUUAAUCCAGCUAUCACAAUUGUCAUUGGGUCAGCUUUGAUAUAUCGGGAAAAAUCAAAACUCUGGUAUCUCAAUAUACCGCAAUUUGCAGCGUACGGCCUUUACUCUAUGGUAAUAACUGUGCCACUAGCAAUCAUAGUGUUCAUCCAUUCGAACACCUCAGCUCCCCCGAAAUAUCAUAUUGCAUUUGCGAUCAUGAAUUUUACUGGCUCCGUCUUCCUAGCCAUGCAGUGCUCCUAUGAGUUGUCGCUCUUCACGAAGGUGAUCGGUAGCAUCUAUGAAAUUCCGUUCGAUUUCAUGGGUGUCACUCUGCUGGUCGUGGCCACCUGCCUGAGUGAUCUUGCUAUCAGCGUGUCGCUGAGCAUGCAGGGAUACGAGAAGAUGGCCUACGCAGGCACCAUUGGCACCAGCUUCCUUACUGUUGUCGUCGGUUGCACCACAACAUUGCUGGCAGUCAUACUCAGGGGUAACGCUGCGCAUUUAAAUGACGCUAUGGGCAAUUAUGCUGACAACGCCUAUGUUAUUUUUAUAAUCGGACUCUUCCUUACUAUGCUAUGGACGGUGAUGUUGGACUUCAAUGCCAGACGCUCUGUCGGCAUAUUUUCCAUGUCUGUCUUUGGCAUAUUCCUUUUGUUUGCGGUGCUCAUCCGGAAGGGCAUUAUCCACCCGUACAGUCACGACUUUCUUGUUCAAGAUGCUUAUGAGACGUAGAGGCAAAAAUUUACUAGUAUAGUACAAUUGGACAAA